AUGAACAGCAACAGCAACAAACACGAUGGCUCUCAGUCAGCCAGAUCUUCACAUGCAACACCAGCUACUAAUGGCACAAGAAAUAUUACCAAUAAUAAAAAACCAGAUACAUGUAGAGAUUACAUGUGGGGAAAAUGUACUAAAGGUAGUUCCUGUAGAUUUAGACAUGAAUUGGAUUUUGAGAAAAUAAAAAAAACUGUCAAGUUCUGUCAUGACUAUCAAAACAGAGCACCAUGCACCAGGGAAGUUUGUACAUUUAUCCAUGCAACAAAGGACGAAGAGACAUUAUUUUUAACUACGGGUAAACUGCCUAAAGUUCUAGCAGAGAGACAUGCUAAUAUGUCUUCGGCUGAAACAAUACCACAGAUUGCUAUGUAUAUCCAAGAGUCUUUAGGCGGACUACCACCGCCACCACCACCCCCACAACCAGAACCACAGCCAUCUUCUUCUGUUAAUGGACCCCAACUAACGUAUAAUAUGGGACAAAUGGCUCCACCAAUGCAGCCAGGAAUGGGUAUGGGGUCUAUGCACAUCGGACCGAUAAAUAUGGGGCCAAUACCACCACAAAUGAUGUCAAUGCCGGGACCUUCUAUGGUUGCUCCACCGCCUCCAUCAAUUCCAAUGCAACAUUUACCUCCUCCUCCACCUCCACCCCCAACUCAGAGCCCUACAAGCUCUUCACUGUCGACACCUCCAGUAUAUACAGCACCUCCGCCAACAACUAUGAGGGUUUCGCUAAAUCAACAGCUACCGCGAUCUGCGACUCCAAAGUUUGAUCCAAGUAAGCCACCUCCACCCUUCAUACCAAAUACAAGUUUAAAGCGUCCUUCCGUUAGUGAUAAUAUGAAAGCCGGUCCCAGCAAAAUCAGAAAGGAAGAGGAAGCCUUAGUCGAAGACGUGGCGUGCGAUCCGUGUCGUCAGCGACAAAUAAGAAUCGACGUUUAUCGAAAGGAAACAGAUAAGAUGUAUGCUCGUGUUGAUUUUCAAAAAUUAAUGUACAAAAAGAAAUAUGAGGAAUAUCAACGUAAGGAGGAGAUAUUAAAAAUCCUAUUAAACCCUGAAAUAUAUAAAAUUAUUGAGGAUUUGUUGUUGAAUGAGGAGGGCCCGCAAGUACAAGAAUCGGACAAUCAAAAUGCUAAUGGCGACUUAACACCUCCAAGAACAGUAGAAUCUCUAGGUACAUUGAUGACUAGGCCUAAUGUAAAUAAUUCAAUUCAAAACUCUUUAUUAUUUGCGGAACAUUUACGUGACGGUAACAAAAAACGGGAUGCCCCAUCUGAAUAUAACCAUAAUAACACAUACCGUCAAGAAACACAAGUCACAUCACAUAGCCAAAGUUUAUCGGUUCCUACAAUAUGCAAAACUCAAAGUUCGAAUCCUGGUCAAAAUGUUCCGACCACAGCUUCACCUUCAUACUUCUAUUAUAAUAUGCCGCCGCCUAUAACCAGACCGUUCAUGGCGCCAUCGACUUCUAUGGCUCCAACUGCAGGCACUUCAUUGAUGGCAUACCAACAUAAUGGAAUGCAGGGACCUUCACAGGCUAUGACAAAGUCGUCAACGUCUGCUCCGCCUGGACCAUCCAAGCCAAACAAUCAAUCAAAUCAAAAAUCGGCUCCAUACCCUCCGCCGACGUCUUAUUAUAAUUCUUAUCAAUAG